AUGGAGGCGGCGUGGCUGGUGCCGGGGCUGGCGGCCGUGGCCCUUGCCGGGCUGGCCCUGAUUGCCAUCGUUUCACACGUGACUGCCACAAAGACGCCAAGCCUUAACCGACACAGUGACGAAAAGUUCUUUCUGACUGCUGAAGGAAAGAAGGAGCCUGUGCCCAGUAUCCAUGACCCUUCAACGCGUGACCUUUCUGUAGUCGUGCCUUCUUACAAUGAGGAAGAACGGUUACCUUCGAUGAUGGAUGAAGCUUUACAGUAUCUAGAGAAGAGGCAGAUGCAAGAUCCCGCCUUCACCUACGAAGUCAUCGUGAUUGAUGACGGCAGCAGAGAUCGGACUACAAAGGUCGCCCUAAAGUAUAGCCAAAAAUACGGUCGUGAUAAAGUGCGAGUCCUCCAGCUGGUGAAGAAUCGCGGAAAGGGAGGAGCAGUUAGGAUGGGUGUCUUCAGUUCGCGAGGGAAAAAAAUACUCAUGGCGGAUGCUGACGGAGCCACGAAAUUUGAAGACGUCGAGAAGCUCGAAAAGGGUCUUGAGAACCUCCAGCCCUGGCCUGAGCAGAGGGCCAUCGCCUGCGGCUCUCGAGCCCACCUGGAGAAAGACUCGAUCGCGCAGCGCGCCUACUUCCGAACACUUCUCAUGUACGGAUUCCACUUCCUCGUGUGGUUCCUUUGCGUUAAGGAAAUAAGGGACACCCAGUGCGGGUUUAAGCUAUUCACCCGAGAAGCCGCUUCCCGAACAUUUUCGACUCUUCAUAUAGAGCGCUGGGCGUUUGACGUGGAACUUCUUUAUAUAGCGCAACGCUUUAAAAUACCGAUAGCAGAGGUCGCUGUCAACUGGACAGAAAUUGAAGGUUCCAAACUGGUUCCCUUCUGGAGCUGGCUGCAGAUGGGCCGGGACCUUAUCUUCAUACGUCUCCGAUAUUUGACGGGCGCCUGGCGGCUCAGCACAAGAAAAAUGGACUAGGUUCAUAUGCCCUGUACAAAUAGAUUUUUUAAUAUUUCAAA